GCUCUCUCCUUCCUCCGAUGUUGUUAACGUCCCCGACGGAAGAGUGAGCUUAGGGGAGCCGGGCGCAGCCAGCAGCGGGGCCCUCUGCUGGAGACGGCAGCUCCUGCCCAUCGGAAGGCCAGGUGUGCGUGAGCUGCGCCCAGGGGUGCCCUGCGCCCUGGCGCCCUGCGGGCUCUAACAGCUGGGGUCGCGCGGGGGAACUGGGCCCAGGGCUCUGGUGGAGCGGCCGAUGUCCCGGACUGAAAGCUGAGGCCGCGCUGGUGAGACUGGGACAAGCCCUUGCACCUCCAGAGCUGGGCCAGGGCGACGAGGGGAGCCGCCAAGAUGCCAGAGGAAAAUAUCUUCCUGUUCGUGCCUAACCUUAUCGGUUACGCCCGGAUUGUCUUCGCCAUCAUUUCCUUCUACUUCAUGCCCUGCUGUCCCUUCACGGCCUCCUCCUUCUAUCUACUCAGUGGACUUCUAGACGCCUUUGAUGGACACGCAGCUCGAGCCCUUAAUCAAGGCACCCGGUUUGGGGCCAUGCUCGACAUGCUGACAGACCGCUGUUCCACCAUGUGUCUCUUGGUCAACCUGGCCCUGCUGUACCCUAGAGCCACUCUGCUCUUCCAGCUCAGCAUGAGCCUGGACGUGGCCAGUCACUGGCUGCAUCUGCACAGUUCCGUGGUAAGGGGCAGUGAGAGCCACAAGAUGAUCGACCUCUCUGGGAACCCCGUGCUUCGGAUCUACUAUACUUCUAGGCCUGCCCUGUUCACCCUGUGUGCUGGAAAUGAACUCUUCUACUGCCUCCUGUACCUGUUCAAUUUCUCCGAGGGACCACUAGUGGGCUCUGUGGGGCUCUUCCGAAUGGGCCUCUGGAUCACAGCUCCCAUCGCCCUGCUCAAGUCCGUCAUUAGUGUCAUCCACCUCAUCACAGCUGCGCGAAACAUGGCUGCUCUGGAUGCGGCAGACCGUGCCAAGAAGAAAUGAUCCUCGCCCGCCCCCAGCUGCCCACCUGCCCUGGGCAUCUACUGUGCCUCAUGGCUCCUCUCCUCCUCCUAAGAGGUCCUUGUGUCAUGUCUUAUGUGUUCUCUAACCUGCUGGGAUGGGGGUCAGCCUCUGUGUGGUGUUGUCACUGUCUUUAACGCUGAGGACCAGACCCAUGCCUGUGACCCCAAGGACCUGGUACUGCAAAGCAGGAAGAGUGCCCAGGAGGCCCCCCAUCCAGCUGGUGCUCCAGGAGGCCCCACCCAUCCAGCUGAUGUUCCAGGAGGCCCCCCCCAUCCAGCUGGUGCUCCAGGAGGCUCCACCCAUCCAGCUGGUGCUCCAGGAGGCCCCCCCCAUCCAGCUGGUGCUCCAGGAGGCCCCCCCCCCCAUCCAGCUGGUGCUCCAGGAGGCCUGUCUGAGGAUUGGGUGUUGCCACAUAUCCUGCUGGCUCAGCCUUGGGGUCUGGCCUGGCCCGAGAUUUGGGGGACAUGUGCGGGUGGGAGAUGUAUGGCUCCCAGGUUUCCCAAAAGGCAGAAGAAUCAGACUGAUGCCGUUGGGCCAAGGAAGCCUGGGGUAUCAGGCCCAGGAGGGAAGGGGCCAGGAGCCAGCUAGAUCCUUCCCUGAGGCAAACUCCUCUAUCCUGUCCUCUUGCUUUGGAAGCCUCCAUGAUAAAGGGGGGACCUUCACUCUUUUCGGACUUGUUUGCUUUGAGACGGUCUUAGAUGAGGGCCUCGGGUUAAAAGGAACUGGGUAUAAAAGAUCCACCUGGAUGCUUUUCCCAAAGAAGGUGGCUGGCUCCUCCCUGUCAUUCCAGUGACCUUAGACUGCCGGCUCCUCAGGUUCACAAGCACUGUCUCUGUCCACUUGCUUUAUGCCCCUGGCUGGUCACUUCCAUUGUAUCCUUGAUAUUUUCUACCCUCACGAGAAUGUAAACUUCAUGAGAGCAGACUAUGUCUUUCUGAUGUCUGCCCAGAGUGAAAACUAGCCUGGCAUGUGGUCGCUGCUUAAUAAAUACUCAUGGAAAGAUGAA